AUGGGGUGGGGAUUGGGGAUAUUUGAAGGAAUAGUGGUGGUAGGAUCGCUGUGCCUAUUAGGAUGGGCAGGUCUUUGGUUCUUGAACAGAAGACUUUACAAAGAAUACGAGGAGAAAAGAGCAUUAGUUCAGAUCAUUUUCAGUGUCGUUUUUGCUUUCUCUUGCAAUCUUCUCCAACUUGUCCUCUUCGAAAUCAUCCCUCUUCUCUCCAAACAGGCAAGAUGGAUAAAUUGGAAGGUGGAUCUUUUUUGUCUAAUAUUGUUACUUGUCUUCAUGUUGCCGUACUAUCAUUGCUACUUGAUGCUCUGCAACAAUGGUGUAAGGAAGGAAAGGGCUGCACUUGGAGCCAUCGUUUUCUUGUUAGCGUUUCUCUAUGGUUUUUGGCGUAUGGGCGUUCACUUCCCUAUGCCUUCACCUGAUAAAGGUUUCUUCACAAUGCCUCAACUAGUAAGCAGAAUUGGUGUUAUUGGUGUAACUGUCAUGGCUGUUUUAUCUGGUUUUGGAGCUGUGAAUUUACCAUACAGUUAUUUAUCUCUCUUCAUUAGAGAAAUUGAGGAAUCCGAGAUCAAAGCCUUGGAAAGACAAUUAAUGCAAUCCAUUGAGACUUGUAUUGCAAAGAAGAAGAAGAUUGUCCUUUCUCAAAUGGAGAUGGAACGAAUUCAGGGAUCAGAGGAGAAGUUAAAUGCUAGAUCUUUCUUCAAACGGAUAGUUGGCACGGUUGUACGAUCUGUGCAAGAUGAUCAAAAGGAGCAAGGUUACAGUUGUUUUACCUUUUUUGGCCAUGAUAAUUUUAUUUGA